AUGUCGCCACAGCCUCGACAGGAGAAGAAGACAGGUUUGCGGCUGUUUGUGUUAAAACCUGAAUUUGUCUGAAAUCACAGAUUUUUAACUUCAUGUUCGCGAACUGAGCGCUCGGACAUGGACCAGGUGCCCGAACAGGGACGUCGGCGGUCGGGCUGCGACUGACGGUGAGAGCUGUGACCCAGUUUCCAUCAGACCGAGCCGAAGUGAAAACAAUGUCAGGGUCAGCGAGCGGCGCUAGCUAGCUGCAGGUUAGCUUGCUGUUAGCUUUGCUCCACAACAACACACGCGUCUGAGGCACAGCCCUGAACUUCCCACCUCCUGCCCUGGACCAGAGGAGCUGAGGACAAGAUGCUGCUGAAGAUGCCCCAGAAGCUGCUGAGGACGGCCCACUACAUAGAGCUGGGCAGCUAUCAGCACUGGCCCGUGCUGAUUCCCCAGAGCAUUCGACUGUACACCUUUGAGCAAGUGCCCCUCUUCCUCAAAGAGAACCCCUACAUCACUGACGGAUACAGGGCUCACCUGCCCUCCAAGCUCUGCCUGAGGAGUAUUUUCAUGAUGUCCAAUGAGACGGUGAAUAUCUGGAGCCACCUGCUCGGCUUCCUCCUCUUCUUCUCUCUGGGCGUCAAUGACGUCUCCUCGACCCUUCCAGCCUCUGGCGCCAACAGAGAAGACUACGUCAUCUACGCCAUAGGGCUGUUCUGCUUCCAGGUGUGCAUGUUGUGUUCAGUGGGAUAUCACCUGUUUUCCUGCCACCGAUCGGAGAAGACGUGCCGUCGCUGGCUGGCAUUAGACUACGCAGGCAUCUCCGUUGGCAUCUUGGGCUGUUACGUACCUGGGAUCUUCUACGCUUUCUACUGUAAUGCUUUUUGGCGACAGGUCUACCUGCUGACUGUACUCUCCCUGAUCCUCGCCGUCUUCUGCGCUCAAGUCCACCCUCGUUAUCUCAGCAACGACUGGCGACGCAUACGUACGAUGAUCUUCUGCUGCGUGGCCGGCAUCAGUGUGAUUCCCGCCUGUCACUGGGUCUGGCUCAACGGAGGAUUCUCCUGUGAUGUUGUACAGCUGUUCCUGCCUCGUGUGAUAGUGAUGUACCUGAUCGCUGGAUCUGCCUUCCUGUUCUACGUCACCAAAAUCCCGGAACGCUAUUUUCCUGGCCAGCUGAACUACCUGGGAGCCAGCCACCAGGUGUGGCACAUACUGGUGGUUGUGAUGUUUUACUGGUGGCACCAGACGGCCGUGCACAUCAUGCAGUUCAGGCACAGUCAGCCCUGCCCGACCCGCAGCAGCUAAGUGAAAACUGAUCAAACAGUGAUGUUUUAAAGAAUGAUCGAUUGUAGACAAACAAGCAAUUCAACUAACAAUGUUAAUAUCAAAAACCAGUUAAAGCAGCCGUUGGUUAGAAGUUACUACCCAAAGGUUGAUCAACCACUAAGACCCUGAGAGUGUGACAGUACUGAGGCACUAUUAACUUUCACUUUCAACAGUUGCAAUCAGCUAACAGGUGACUUAAGUUAUCCUAACAAAAGUGAAAUAGACCAGAGUGAGUACUGGUUGUGCCAAGUUCAGACUACAGGACUUUCAAAGUCAUCAGAUCACUGUGCAGUUCACACGACUUGCUGCCCUGUGAUCGUAGUGUGAACUAGGCAGAAACAGUUCUGGGCUGCUGGCUCGUACGUGAGGCUGCUGCACCACAAAGAUCCUCCCUGACAAUAUAGAGUGCAACCGCUGGUGUUGCAAUGUAACCAUUAGAUCAAUGCAUGAUGUGGGAGUUUUUAUUUAUCUCUUGAAACAAACUGAGCUUUGGUGGUUUUGUAGAUUAUCAUUAUCCAUUAGUUGGUUUGAAUUGUGAUUUUUACUUCAGGAAACAUUUUGGCCUCAUGUGUGAACAGUGACUGUUGCCUAUGAUUUUAGUUUAUCUACCGUUUUGUGUGAGAUUAGUUAGUUUGCGUGGAACGUCUGAAUAAAAGGUGGAGAGCACUGAAAAGAACAUGACUACUGGAAAUUCACCAUUUUGAACAAAGUCUGAACCAUUUGAAGCUUUGGAACAAAUAGUUAAAGGUCAGUAGAGAAUCAGCCGAACAGCCACAUAUCAUAUCGGCUAUGGGCAUAAUCGUAAAUCACCUGUAGUGGUUAUCACACCUGACGUUCUUCUGUCAUAAACUCCACCAUAAAUACUGUGUGUGGAAAAUGUUCAUCUACUUGAUUCUUACGUUUAAAUACUGCCAGUGUUUAGUUAUCGAGGAAACGCAAUACAGUUCCAUAUUUUAAUAUUUAAUGGAGCCUGACUGACAUGGAUUUUUGAGGACCAAUACCGAUAAUGGUUUUAACAUUUUUCAAUUGUUUUAAAAAUGUCAUUAUCAAACCCUCUUGACAAAGAAAUAUAAUUGAGGUUUGAUAUACAACCGUUCAACAAGAAACUUCAUUCUGAAUAAUAACACCCAUACAAACAAAUAUAAUUAUAGAAAUAUUACUUUUACGUAAAAGGUAAACAUAAAUGCAAAUCUUUUCUGCAUUGUUCAUUCUACAAAAUGAAACUUUUCAUAUAGACAAACAUAAAUACUGACACCUGUAUGUCUGUAAAAAGCUCCUAACAGCUAAACGAUAAAUCGGUCGGGCUCUAAUGUUUAAUAUUUUUAUUUCCAUAGUUUUUGUUGUGUUUGUAAAUCAUUUGCCUUAUACAGUAACUGUACUGUAUACACACUGUUACAAUCUGUGUUUGGUCAAGACAUGAAUAUAAUCCAGAACAAAAAUGAUCAAACUCAGAUAUCUUCUUUCCUGUUACACACGGCCAGUAUGUGUUUUAUGUCUUCAUAGUGAGAUUUAAUGUGAAAUGAUGAAAUUCAGGAUGGCGACACUUAUUGCUGGAAAAUGCAGCGAACAUGCAGGUGCUGAAAGAAGUGACUUUAUUUUGCCUUCUUUUUUUUUUGUGGGGUUUUUUUGGGCCGCCUGAUGAUCACAAACUGCUUGAUCUCUCUCGUGAAUGAACCUUUGAAUGUUUUAUUUUUGCCUCAUGUGUGUUUCGGCGCUGACUUAAAGAGAUGUAUGAUAUUUAUCUCAGUGCCUCUUUGAAAAUAUAUUUUUUAAAUAUUCCAAAUGAAUAAAGAAUGCUGGGAAAUCA